AUGGCAAACACCAUCUCAGCACAAGAAAAUGAGAAAACACCUGCCUUUGGCUUAGCUGCCACAGACUCCUCAGGAAUUGUCUCCCCUUUUCACUUCUCCAGAAGGGCAAACGGUGAUCAUGAUGUCACCUUAAAAAUCCUGUAUUGUGGGAUUUGCCACGGUGAUGUUCAUCAGCUCAGGAAUGAACUGGGCCAAAACAGCAUGUAUCCCAUGGUUGCCGGGCACGAGAUUAUCGGAGAAGUGAUAAAGGUGGGCCGCAAUGUGACGAAAUUCAAAAUUGGUGAUAUUGCUGGCGUGGGGCCAUUCUGUGGUUCAUGCCGCUCUUGCUCUAACUGCGAUCAGGGCUGGGAAAGUUACUGCCCCAAAAGCAUUUUCACCUAUAAUGCAUACGACCAUGAUGGAUCAAUGACUCAAGGUGGAUAUUCUGAUAAAACAGUGGUUGAUGAGCAUUUUGCCAUCAAAAUCCCAAAUGGCUUGCCGCUCGAUGGUGCAGCUCCGCUGUUGUGCGCCGGAAUCACAGUUUAUAGCCCGAUGAAGUUCCAUGGACUGUGUCAUCCGGGUCAGCAUCUGGGUGUGGUCGGGUUGGGUGGACUCGGCCACGUGGCCGUCAAGUUUGCCAAGGCCCUGAACAUGAAGGUGACAGUAAUAAGUACUUCUCCUGGAAAGAAGAAGGAAGCCUUGGAAAGGCUUGGAGCUGACUCUUUCUUGCUCAGUAACGAUCCGAAGCAAUUGCAGGAGGGGAAGGAUACGUUGGACGGGAUUAUUGAUACAGUUGCAGGACCUCACUCUCUUUACCCAUUGGUUGAGUUGUUGAAGACAGGAGGAAGAUUGAUCACAGUUGGGGUAUCAAAAACUCCUCCUGAGUUACCCGCUAGGCCUUUGAGGAUGGGGAGGAAGAUGGUUGCUGGAAGUGCUGCUGGAGGAAUGGAAGAGACCCAAGAGAUGAUAGAUUUAGCAGCGAAGCAUAAUAUCACAGCAGAUAUUGAAGUUAUUCCUAUGGAUUACGUGAACACUGCUUUAGAACGAGUUGCCAAAAACGAUGUCAAGUAUCGUUUUGUGAUUGAUGUGGCCAACACUCUUCAUAAGCUCUCUCUCGCUGCCUAGAAAUUGACAGAGAAACAAAAUCUUCUCUAUCCAAGCACUUGCGAAGAAAAAUCGAUUCCAACGUUGGAUUUCAUUUAAUAAGAGAGACACAAAUGUUGUGUUUUAUCAUUUCUUUCUGUUACUCUCCUGUUAGAGAGCAUCUGAUGCUUCAACUCUUGUUUCUGUGACUGAGUGUG